GAUAUUCCUCGUUGAAGUGUUUCUUUCUUCUUUUCUCUUGCUACUGCUUUCUUGUAAAUAGAUAUAUACAUUUAUGUAUAUAUCUACAUUGUCUUCUUUAUUGUCACGAGGGAAAUCAGUAUAACUAUUUUGUCAAGAUAAAAUUUAAAUAUCGGAUAUGGUUACUCCAGUAAAAGAUGUCACAAUCCCAGAAAAGGCACAGACGACUCUUCUGUUGCAGAAACACAGUGACUUCAUUGCAGCCUAUGGCACAAAAAAAGAUGAUUAUGAAUAUUGUAUCACAGAGUAUCUCCGAAUGAGUGGCAUAUACUGGGGAUUGACUGCUCUUUCAUUGAUGGAUAAAAUUGACAAAGUUGACCGAGAUGAGGUGUUGGAAUUUGUCAAAAAGUGUCAGCAUGAAAAUGGAGGCUUUUCUGCGAGUAUUGGUCACGAUCCUCACCUGCUUUACACACUAAGUGCUGUACAGAUCCUUACACUUUAUGGUACCACAGACACAGUGAAAACUGCUAAAAUUGUAGAGUAUGUGAAAGGUUUGCAACAGGAAGAUGGCAGCUUUAUUGGAGACAAAUGGGGUGAAGUAGACUCUCGAUUUUGUUUCUGUGCUGUAGCUACAUUAAAGUUGUUGGGCAAGUUAGAUGCAAUUGAUGUAGACAAAACAAUCCAGUUUGUCCUCAGCUGUAUGAACUUUGAUGGGGGAUUUGGUAGCCGUCCUGAUAGUGAAUCACAUUCUGGACAGAUUUACUGCUGUGUUGGGUUACUGGCUAUCACAGGUAAACUACACCAUGUCAAUGCUGAUAUGUUAGGCUGGUGGUUGUGUGAGAGACAGUUACCUUCUGGAGGACUGAAUGGUCGUCCUGAAAAAUUGCCUGAUGUCUGUUACUCCUGGUGGGUGUUGUCUUCCUUAAAGAUUAUUGGAAGAUUGCAUUGGAUUGAUAAAGAAAAAUUAGUUCGGUUUAUCCUUGCAUGCCAGGAUGAUGAAACUGGUGGCUUUUCUGACAGACCUGGUGAUACAGUGGACCCAUUCCAUACACUGUUUGGUCUUGCUGGACUGUCUCUGCUUGGUGAUAAGUCUAUCAAAGAAGUGAAUCCAGUUUUCUGUAUGCCCCAGGAGACUAUUGACAAGCUUGGCAUCAGACUGCAACUUCUCUCACUUUGAAGCAAAUCAACUUCCAUUCUUAAUAAUCAGACUUUAUUUUUCCAAUACAAACCAUGUUUUAUUUAUUCAUUUCAAGUUUGUACAGCUUCAAACUCUUUGAACUAUAUUUCAACAGGCCUAAUCAUUGUGACAAAUAAAUUAUAUGUAUAUAAUUUGA